CACAUAUGUCGAGGCAAUAAAGGAGGAAGUUGUUUUAUCUCCUGGUCAUGCAUUGUCUUUUAUUGCCUCUGGUGAAGAACAUCGACAUGUGGGUUCCAACAAUUUUAACCUGUUCAGCAGCAGAAGUCACACAAUAUUUACAUUGAUGAUUGAAAGCAGUGCUCAUGGUGAAGAAUACGAUGGAGUGAUGUAUUCUCAAUUAAAUCUUAUUGAUCUAGCAGGAUCUGAGAGUUCUAAAACUGAAACGACUGGGAUAAGAAGAAAGGAAGGAUCUUACAUUAACAAAAGUCUUUUAACUCUUGGAACAGUCAUCGGAAAGCUUAGUGAAGGGAAAGCAUGCCAUAUUCCUUAUAGGGAUUCUAAGUUGACUCGACUUUUACAAUCUUCAUUGAGUGGCCAUGGGCAUGUGUCGCUUAUAUGUACAGUGACACCUGCAUCUAGCAAUUUAGAGGAAACUCAUAAUACACUAAAGUUUGCAAGUAGAGCAAAGAGAGUUGAAAUUUAUGCUUCUCGCAACAGGAUUAUUGAUGAGAAGUCAUUAAUUAAGAAGUAUCAGAAGGAAAUAUCGUGCUUGAAGCAAGAACUUGAGCAGUUAAAGAAAGGAAUGCUGUGUGGUGCAAGUCAAGAGGAAGUAAUGAGUUUGCGCCAACAGCUUGAGGAAGGUCAAGUGAAGAUGCAAUCACGUUUGGAGGAGGAAGAGGAAGCCAAAGCUGCUUUGAUGAGUAGAAUACAGAGACUGACAAAGCUUAUACUUGUUUCUACCAAAAACACAAUGCCUGCUUGUUUAACUGAUUUACCUCGACAUCAGCGCCAUCUUUCUUUAGGAGAGGAGGAUCAUAAAUUGGAUGUACUGUCUGAGAAUUCUCCACUCCCUCAAACUGAGAGUAUCCUGAAUGACACAGUGGCAUCUUCUCUGACAGAUUCAUUAGACAGAAUAACAAAUAUUAAAAUUCAAAAUAGUAAGCUGAUAGAAGAACAUUCCACUGUCAUUGGCUCGGUUACUAAUACAAUCCAGUCUGGGAUGAUCACUUCAGAUGAAAUGGAUCUUUUAGUUGAACAAGUAAAAAUGCUUGCUGGUGAGAUUGCAUUUAGUACAAGCACCCUAAAGCGAUUGGAGCAGUCUGUAGAUGAUCCGGAUGGAAAAAAGAUUCAAAUUGAGAAUUUGGAGUGUGAAAUACAGGAGAAACAAAGACAAAUUAGAGUGUUGGAGCAGCGCAUUAUGGAGAAUGGUGAAGCUUCAAUGACCAAUGCUACUUUGUUGGAUAUGCAACAAACUGUUGUGAGAUUAAUGACCCAAUGCAAUGAGAAGGGAUUUGAGUUAGAGUUAAAGUCUGCUGACAAUCGAAUCCUUCAAGAGCAACUUCAACAAAAGUGCUCUGAGAUCAAGGAUCUAGAAGAUCAGGUCUUUCAUCUUCAACAGCAGCUAAGUUCACUCAAAUUUGAGAAACAUCAGGAACUUGUUCCUGAAGAAGUCAAUAGUUUAAAAUGUAAACUUCAGUCUCAGGUGGAUGAGAAUGUUAAAUUUAUUACUGAGCGACUUCAAUUGAUUGAGGAGAAUAAUGAAUUGCUUAGCCACAAUAAAAGAUUAGCUGAAGAAGCUUCUUAUGCCAAAGAAUUGGCUUCUGCUGCUGCUGUGGAACUCAAGAAUUUGGCUGAAGAAGUUACAAAACUUACACUGCAAAAUGCAAGACAAGCUAAAGAUUUAUUAACUGCACAGGAUUUAGCUUAUUCAAAACCUGCUAAUGGUGCCACUCGCAGAUUCUCUGAAAGUAAGAAUGAGACAAUCAAACUCGGUAGAAGGAGUCGGCCUGCCAGCAGAAAUUCUGGUGGAGGAAACACUAAUAUCGAGAAUUGGGACCUCGAUCUAGAUGGAAUAAGAAUGGAAUUGCAAGUCAGGAAACAAAGAGAGGCUAGUUUAGAAGCUGCUUUAACUGUAAAAGAACACCUGGAAGAAGAUUACAAAAGAAAGCUUGAUGAAGCAAAGAAACGAGAAAAGACUUUAGAGAAUGAUUUGGCAAACAUGUGGGUGCUGGUUGCUAAACUAAAAAAGGGUGCUCAAUCUACAAACUUCAAUCCUGAUAAAUCAUCUACAACCCUGGUUGAUGCUUUGGAUAAUAUCCAAAUGAUAGAUGAGCACAAUGGCUCUCCUGAAUAUGGAGUAUCGCCGGAUUCUUUGGUCAAGCUGAAUAAUGAUCAAUUGAAUCAUAGUCAAGAAGAUGAACCUAUGCUUGUACGCUUGAAGGCAAGAAUUCAGGAGAUGAAAGAAAAAGAAUUUGACUUUUCAAGGAGCGGGGAUACAAACUCUCAUGUUUGUAAAGUAUGUUUUGAGUCAUCAACUUCUGCAGUACUACUUCCAUGUCGACAUUAUUGCUUGUGCAAACCUUGUUCACUUGCCUGCUCAGAGUGCCCACUUUGUCGCACUAAGAUUGUUGAUCGGAUCAUUACCUUCACUUCAUAAGUAGUCACCAUACUAGUUAUAAAAAGCUUCUUGAUGAGCAUAACCUUGGUCAAGUGGAAGGUUGUUGUCUUGAUACAAUCAUUUUCAUCCAUUCUUUAUUAGUUCGCUAGAAGGUACAUGCUCGAUUGUUGUUGCAUGUAACUUGAAUGAUUUCGUCUCCAUAGCUGUCCGUCUUGUUCAAAAUGUAGAUGUUUGCCCGUGUACAAUGAGCUUGUUGGAAGCUGUGGAAAUCAUUAGUAAGUCUAUACAUCAACAUCAGGCACAAGGAACUACCUGUUCCUAUAUGAUUCCUGAUCAUCAAUCCUUUUUCGCUCAAAUUGCAAUGUUAAAACAUGUUACAGUUGUAAGUUAACUUUUAAACCAAAUCUUUGAAAUCACUGCCAAAAACCAAGUGGUGGUAGAAAAGAAUGAUUUACCUUUGUAAAUUACUGGCUUUAUUUUGGACCUUAUUUGUAUGUAGUGUUGCAAAUGUUUUUUUUUUGAAAGAUUGUGGCAGUAAGUUACCGAGGUUUCACCUAACUGAA